AUGAAUUUCUCAAACAGCUUGCACAACAGCAACAGCAUGUACAUGGAGACACAUUUUUGCUAUAAGUCAGUGAACGGUUCUUGUGAGAAGUUGGCCCACUCCCUAAGCCUUCAGUUCUCCAUGCUUGCAUUCAUGGGGUUGGCGAUAGUGAUCACCAUGAGCGGAAACUUCCUUGUCAUCACAGUGAUAUCACACUUCAAGCAGCUGCACACCUCCACAAACAGCCUGAUCCUCUCACUCGCUGUGUGUGACUUUCUCCUGGGGGCCCUGGUCAUGCCUUGCAGUGCUAUGCGCUCUGUGCAGGGCUGCUGGUUCCUGGGUGAACUGGCAUGCAAGCUCCACACCAGCAUGGACAUAAUGCUCAGCACUUCUUCCAUCUUCCAUCUCUCCUUCAUUUCUGUCGAGCGUUAUAUUGCUGUCUGUACUCCACUUCAGUACCAGUCCAUGAUUAACUCGGUCACAACCCUCUUCAUGGUUGUAACCAGUUGGUUGAUUCCUGCCAUCUUUGCUUUUGGUAUGAUCUUCUCUGAACUGAACCUGAAAGGCAGCGAGGAUUUCUAUGAGACAAAUGUGUAUUGCCAUGGGGGUUGCCCAGUGUUCUUCAGCCAAGCAUCUGCUGCAUUCUCCUCAAUAUUAGCUUUUUUCAUUCCUGGUCUGAUCAUGUUUGGCAUUUACAUCAAAAUCUAUAAGGUUGCCAGAAGUCAUACCAGAUCCAUUAAACAACAAGCACAGCAAUUAAAGGUGGAAGAUGAAAAUGGGUCCAGACUUUCCAGACAACGAGAAAGAAAAGGGACAAUCAUCUUGGCAAUAGUAGUUGGAGUAUUCCUCAUCUGCUGGACCCCAUUUUUCCUGUGCACCAUAACAGACCCCUUCGUUGGCUACACUAUCCCACCUACACUGGUUGAUGCUCUCGUUUGGUUUGGUUAUAUGAACUCUAGUUUUAACCCUCUAAUUUAUGCUUUCUUUUACUCUUGGUUCAGAAGAGCACUGAGGAUAAUUGUCAGUGGAAGGAUCUUUUACAGAGAUUCAUGUCGAAUGAAGUUGGUGUGA